AUGGGAGCUCCAAAGGAAGACUACGAACGAAUCGCACCACCACAUUCAUUUGUUCACGUCGAAGAUUUUGCCAGUCCGCGACAGUUGGCUGAAUAUCUUCUGAAACUGGACAAAAAUGACACUCUGUACAAUUCUUACUUUCAAUGGAAGUCUAAGGGAGAGUUCAUAAACACUAGGUUUUGGUGUCGAGUCUGUGCCUUACUGAACGAGCCCAAGUCCAAAUAUUACCCUGAUGUGGACAAAUGGUGGAGAAGCCCUGGCAUCUGCAGGACAGGUCGAUGGUCAGCUGAAUGA